AUGGGAGUUUAUGACUGGGAUUCAAGUAAUAAUAAUGAUGAAGUGGUACCAGCUGAGAGAAGGAGAAUUUUAUUUACCAAACCAUUUGAAGAAACUAUGAUUGGAAAACAAACAUUGGAUAAUGAAAAUACCCACUCAUCAGCCUUAUCAAGACAAUCCCUAUUAAGCCGAUUUUCUUCAUAUUCAAGUUUUCAUAUAUCAAAAACUUUUCGUGUUUUUGUUAAACUUUUACACAACGAUUCUGUUAUUGAACAUGAAUUUAAGAAAAAUGCAAAAGGAUAUGAAGUAUUAGAUUUUGUUUGUAAUUAUUUAAAUUUAAGUGAAACAUCCUUUUUUGGUUUACGAUAUCAUGAGGUUGCUAAUAAUAGACAUGAUACAGUUAAAUAUCGUUAUUGGAUUGAUAUGGAGAAAAGUUUAUCAAAACAAUUUAAGAAAAAAGAAAUAAGAUUAAACUUUAGAGUACGUUUUUAUCCAGCUGAAAUAAAUAUUAUUAAAGAUGAAAUAACAAGGUAUAUGAUUUUUUCACAAGUACGUAGAGAUUUACUACAUGGUCGUUUAUUUGCUCCAAGUCAUAUAUUAGCUCAAUUGGGAGGUUUAAUUGUUCAAUCUGCAUUAGGAGAUUAUAGAAAAGGGAAAUUUGAGCCUGGAUAUUUAUCACAGUACAAAUUAUUGUUAAAACAAUCAGAAGCUUUAGAACGUAAGAUAGAGGAGGAACAUAAAAAAUUUGAAGGUCUUAGUCCUGCUGAAGCAGAAUGUUCUUUCCUUGAGAUAGCCAGCAAACUAGAAACAUAUGGUUAUGAUCCUUUUGCCGUUAAUGAAGAAGAAAGAGGUAUUCAAAUAUUUGUUGGUGCCAGCCAUAAAGGUAUUUUACAAUUUUAUGAUCCCCAAAAUUAUAAUUUAAUCAAAUGGAGUGACAUUGAAAAGGUUGAUUAUCAUGAUAAAUUUUUAAAAAUUACUGUUAUAUCACAUUUUGCAAAUGAUUUAACACAUUUGGAAAAAGAAAUAUUAAGUUCGCAAAAGAAGUCAACACUAUCAACCACAUCACCAAAUAUAAAAAAGUUGGAGAAAAAACAUAAUUUAAAAAAUAAUGAACAUGGUUUUGAGUGUCCAAAUGAAAAAUUUGCCAAACACCUAUGGAAAAAUAUUUUAUCUCUUCAAAACUUUUUUAUUACUGAUAAGUCAGAAAAUGUUAAAUUAUCAUUUUCCACACCAAAAAUUCCAUUUUUUUCAAGAGGUUCAACUUUUAGAAUGCCUGUCAAAAAAACAUUAAAUGAAUUAAGAAAUGAAAAACCAACUAAUAUUUCAAAUUGUACCUCUUUUAAGAGGACAAUUUUAGAAAAACAAAAACCACGUGAACAGAAUGAUUAUGUGACAAGAGUUCUGAAAAAGUAUACAGAAAAUCCACAUUUAUUAAAUAAACGACUAUUAUUUUGUAGUAGUAAAAAUUGUGAUAAAUGUAAUGAUAGGCGUAUAGUUCAACGAAAAAAGAUGCUCCAAAAAGAGGAGGAUGAUCGAAUUAGGGCUGAGGCCACAGAACGAGAGGCUGAAGAGAAUGCUGCUACCAUACAAAUGGUUAAUGAUGGUUAUGAUGAUGAUGAUGAUGAUUUAGUAACUCAUGUAUCAUCUAGUGUAGUUGAUUUUGAUGAAAAAAUAGAAAAUAUAGGUAAAAAAACUGAGAAAAACUUAAAUGCAGAUUUUGGAACAAAAGAAACAAAAUAUGAUGUAUUGAAAGAUAAGUUGGUUGAUGCAUUAAAUUCAGAGGAAAAUGAAUCAACAGGACCAAUUAAAAAUAAGAUCACUUACAAAAUUCAUCUGAGAAAAUUUGAGCAAGUAAAGUCUGAUUAUACUAAUACUAAAGAAAAAUUAGAAAUACUUCCAAAAGAUAGGCGACUUAUAGAGGAACUCCAUGUUGAGGAGACAAUUUCUGAACUUAAUAAAAGACUUAUCAAAAAUGUAUCAUUAUUACCAGUUAAUAGAAAAAAUGAAAAUAUAGAUUUAAAUGAAAAUAUAGUAAAUAGAAAGAUCAACAAAAAUGAAGCACAAAAUGAAGUUGUAUUGGAUGAUUACUUAGAAAUGACAAAAUCUAAAAAUGUCUCCCCUGUUAGCAAUAAAAACUUUUUAUUUAAACAAACUUUAAAAGCGUUCAUGUCUUUAGUAUUAAUAAUUAUGAUAAUAUUUAUGGUAAUUAUCACUCUAUAUGAAACAAAAGCUAACAAGAAUUCUAUUUUAAAAUCAAUAUCAUUUAUUGAACUUUUCGAAAAUGAUUAUUACAAACCUGUUCGAAAUACAGUUCUUGAUACAUAUAACAAAAUUACACGUUUAUAUUAA